AUGUACAAACGAAGCGUUUUCACCAACAUCACCCCGCUCCCACCCUAUAUCACGCGGGAGACGGUCGUAGAAGCCCUCCACAACCAUUCGGAAAUGAUUGAACUGAAUCCUUUGGUGAUCCGUCAUCAGCCUUGUCGCCCGCCCGGCUUUUCGCCUGCGGAUGAAUUUCAUUGUACCUGGUACGAGAUGACCGACCGUAUCUCGUAUCUACCAGGCGGGCUUGUCCAGGGCAAUGUGUCCUACUCAGGGUGCUUUUAUGAUCUUCCGCGGGGCCUCCAGACGCAUGUCUAUGCCCCAACCGGUUUGGACAUCCGAGAGAAAUGGUCUGUAUGUGGGAAUAUGCCGGGAGAGCCGCGAGAGCCCGUCGAACUGGGCAUUCCCGAUGCCCCCCGCUUUGUUAAACGGACACUCAAAAAGGCCCAUGCGGUGCUCGUGGACCGGUUGGUCAUCAAGGCGGAUCUGGAAAAGCAGAAGAGGGACUCAGUAUCAGGAUGUGUAUCCGACUCAUAUCUCCAACAGCAGACAAGUCUGUCUAACGAUCAAAAGUCGACUCAAGAGGAGGACCCCAUGUCACCGCACCAGAAUCGCUGGUCAAGGGCCAGUGACAUUGCCGAAGUUCCUGGCUCGUUGCAGGCGGGACAGAAAUUCAAUCAGCGACCAGAUCGCCUUGUGUAUGAACUUGAAUAG